UUUAUUGCAAUAGUCUAAAUACAGCCUUUUUCUGGAAUUUCUGUUAAGCAACAGCAGUAGAAGAAUUUAAGAUGUGCAUUGAAGAGAAACCUCAGCUAAGCCCUCAGCAGACACGUUAUGUGGCCUUAUAGUCCUGUUAAUGGUUCACAGACAAAUGACACUAAAAGACAAUUUCUUCUAGAACGGCUACUGGAUGCAGUUAAACAGUGUCAAAUACGAUUUGGAGGAAGAAAAGAAAUUGCUUCAGAUUCUGAUAGCAGAGUAACCUGUUUGUGUGCUCAGUUUGAAGCUGUGUUCCAGCAUGGUCUGAGGAGGAGCCGGGGAUUAGCACUGACAGCAGCAGCAAUCAAACAGGCAGCGGGUUUCUCCAGCAAAACUGAAACAGAGCCAGUGUUCUGGUAUUACGUGAAGGAAGUGCUGAACAGACACGAGCUGCAGCGCUUCUACUCUCUGAAGGCCAUCACUACAGACAUUGGCCGAGGCCGGGCUUGGCUGCGCUGUGCUUUGAAUGAGCAUUCCCUGGAAAGAUAUGUUCAUAUGCUGCUUGCAGAUAAGAACCGCCUCAGCGUCUUCUAUGAAGACUGGUCUUUUAUGAUGGAUGAAGAACGUUCCAGUAUGAUCCCUACGAUGGCAGCUGGUCUGAACUCCAUUCUUUUUGCUAUCAACAUUGAUAACAAGGAUUUAAAUGGGCAGAGCAAAUGCGCACCCACUGUGUCAGAUUUGUUAAAGGAAUCCACACAAAAUGUAACUUCCUUGUUGAAAGAGUCCACUCAGGGUGUCAGCAGCCUCCUCCGGGAGAUCACGGCCUCGUCUGCCGUCUCGAUUCUCAUAAAGCCUGAGCAGGACUCUGACCCACUGCCUGUUCUGUCGAGGAAUGUGAAUGCUGAUUUGAAAUAUAAAAAAGAUCGGAAAAAGAAGAAGAGAGUGACUAAUAUUAUCUCAUUUGAUGAAGAGGAAGAUGAGCAAAACUUGGGGGAUGGCACAAAGGCUGUGAUUACAGGAGAAAGUUCAGAGGAGAGUGUAGACAGAUCUUCAGUUCUUGCAUUGUCCUCAUCUGAAAGCACUCUUGGAAGAAAUCUGAAUGGGAGUGAAAGCAGCCAUUCGUGGAAGAACAGUUCAGUAUUCAUGAAUGGAGAGUAUGAAUACCAGAAACUGGAUGUGAAGAGCAUUGAUGAUGAAGAUGCAGAUGAAGAUGAGCUGUAUGGAAAAUCAUUAGGAAAUAAAGGCACAGAAGGUGGAACUGAAGCUUCUGAAAAGCCUCGUGAAAUAGUCACAUGCAAUUCCCAGAUAUGCAGUUGGAGUCCUCUGCAGGUCCUGAAUGAUGACUCAGAUGUUCUAUUUCCUGUCAGUGCUGUUGGCUCUUACUCCCAAACAGGUAACUUGGAAAAUGGAGAGGGGCAUGAACAUGCUGUUCAUCCGGUAGAACUGGUUCCAAGAAGAGCUGAUCUUCCUUACAGAGUGGAAGUCAGUCCUCCAGCUCAAGUGAAUACUUUAAGCAGUAUGUUGCCUUCAGCCACUGUGCCAGAAUCCAUGACAAUUAAUGAACUUCGUCAAGCUAUCGUGGCCAUGAUGAAUAGAAAGGAUGAACUGGAAGAGCAGAAUAGAUCCCUGCGAAAUCUGCUCGAUGCAGAGAUGGAGCAUUCUGCAGCGCUGAGGCAGGAGAUGGAGAACUGCAGAAGGAAGAUGGCAGAGCAAGAAGAGCGCCAUGCUGCAAAAGUCCAAGCCUUGGCACGAGAAAAUGAGGUGCUAAAGGUGCAGCUUAAGAAGUAUGUAGGAGCUGUCCAGAUGCUCAGAAGAGAAGGUCAAACAGUGGAAGCUUUGCCGAACAUUUGGAGCACUGAUGGUGAAUUUACAAUUCCAGAGCAAAAGCAAGUAGAGAACAAUGAGGAACUGGCCAGCUCUUAUGAAAGGAAAUUGAUUGAGGUGGCUGAAAUGCAUGGGGAGCUGAUUGAAUUCAAUGAGAGGCUGCACCGUGCUCUGAUGGCCAAAGAAGCUCUGGUGUUCCAGAUGAGACAAGAGCUAAUUGAUCUGAGAGGGCCGGUCCCUGGAGAUUUGAGUCAAACAUCUGAAGAUCAGAGUUUGUCAGAUUUUGAAAUAUCAAAUCGUGCUCUUAUUAAUGUUUGGAUUCCCUCAGUCUUUCUGCGUGGAAAAGCUGCCAAUGCAUUCCAUGUUUAUCAGGUUUAUAUAAGGAUAAAGGACGAUGAGUGGAAUGUCUAUCGGAGGUACGCGGAGUUCAGAAGCUUGCACCAUAAAUUGCAGAAUAAGUACCAGCAAGUGAGGACUUUUAACUUCCCACCAAAAAAGGCCAUUGGAAACAAGGAUGCAAAGUUUGUAGAAGAGCGACGCAAGCAGCUACAAAAUUACCUGAGGAAUGUAAUGAACAAAAUUAUUCAAACGGUGCCAGAAUUCACAGCCAAUCCCAAGAAAGAGACACUUAUUCAGCUGAUGCCCUUUUUUCUUGAUAUCCCAGCCUCUGGAGAACCAGUGAGCAAAAGCAGUCGCUCGAAAGUGACCACUCGCUUCCCCAAACUGUCCCGCAGCCACCCCAGGGAGCCCCGGAGCCUGGAGCCUCAGAGCGGUGACCUCUGACCCUUCUCCUGAGUUGUCACUGUGGGCAGCACGUACUUUAGGUUGUUCUGUGAUUCCUUCCUAGCCUAUAUUUAUAAUUUAAGCUCCUGAAGAGACUACAGCUGCAUCAACUUAAAUCCUGAAAAGAGACAUUCAUUACCAAGGGUCAUAUCCUGAUUAACUACUUUGGAAGGCAGUAAUCACUUUCUCAAAAGAAUACGAGGGCUCUUCACGAGAGCUCGGCAAACUGAUCGGCAUUUCCUUUGUUUUGUAAAGCUGCACUGCACAAAUUCUCCUUUGUUCCUCUGAAGUCCUUCUGUCACAAUGAAUUCCUUGUUUGUAUUAUGUUGUCCCUUUUUCCAUGUACAGUUUUCUGUUCCAGAGAGACAUGGGCUUCACGUCAAGACUUUUUUUUUUUCCUGAGAAGAACCUUUAUGAUUAUCACUACUUAAUAUGUCAGAAAGAUGUGCUUAAAAGCACCUCACUAAUUUAUUACCUUUUGUAAAUAGAAAGACUGCGUUGUUUUGGGUUUUUUUUAUUGUAAACCUCUGACACACAAAGGUUUUUAAAACAUUGACAAUGAAGAUGCUGAGAAAAACAUUACAGGUGGAAAAAUAGCUUUUGUACAUUUCUAGUUAGAUAUUCUCAACAGCAUUCAUCUGUGAGAAGUAAUUCUUUAAAAUCAGAGAAUGUAAUAAUUUUUUAGUGAAAUUUCAGUCUUCUGUAAGGCAGGUGCAAUAUUCAUUUUUACAAACCGCCACAAGGACAUACAAAAUUAGUGUGGUACAAAACAGUGCUUUUAAGUCUUGGAUUAUAUUUUGUUAUUAAUUUGUUGCUUGUGUUACAGAACAGUCCAUCAUUAACAGGGCAGGGUGGAAUUCAUAAUCUGAUUUUUUAAAACCCUUCACACGGUGAUACUUAAAAAUCGCCUGUAAUGAAAGUGCCUGUUACCCAUCACCUCUUAUUGAAAAUUAAUUUGUAACUACUACUGUAAGAGCAACUAAAAAAUUGACAGGAAUUGUUACAAGUGAUGGAAGUCCUGACACGGAUUAACUGGAAUCCAGUUCAGCAUCCAUUAGCUGCACUGCCGUAGGCAGUUAAUUAUGUUUUUGCUAUCUUCUUCUCUUCAUUAAGUUUAAGCAGUUUAUGUUCAAAUUUCUAUCAAUUGUGUUCUGGUUUUCCUUUAUGUAAGAACAUCUUUCCAGAAGUUUUUUUGGAUAGCGUUACUUAAAUUUCUGUAUCUUGUCAUUUUAUUAUCCAUUCGUUAUAUUAAAUUUUCACAUCUUACAUUCUUCUCCAGGAAAAAAACAA